CGGUCUCGCGCGGAGGAGGGGCUGCUGGGAGUUUAGAGCUUCCGAAGAGGCGCUGCGUCUGAGCGGAGCUGGCUUUUAUUUUGAGGGUCUUGAAGUUACUCUGCUCCGCCACAAAACCGUCCUCGUCAGCGAACUAAUUUGUGAGAAAAGGCGCCGAAGCUCUCCCUGCCGUUUGUGACAUCCGGGGAGCGGAAGAAAGAGGGGGGAUGGUAGCUCCAUAUGAAGAGCAGUCUUUCGUUGCUCUGAGGAGGCAGUGCAGACUGAAUGGAAACCUGUUUGAAGACCUCCUGUUCCCGGCAUCCGACCAGUCGCUGUUCUACCAGAGUAAUCGCAUUGGCCACGUUACCUGGAAAAGGCCCAAGGAGCUAAGCCCAGACCCUCACCUGUUUGUGGAUGGGAUCAGUGCUCAUGACUUGCAUCAAGGCCAGCUGGGAAACUGCUGGUUUGUUGCCGCUUGUUCCAGUCUGGCUUCCAGAGAAGCACUUUGGCAAAAGGAUGACGUUUGAUGACUUCAUUGCUAACUUCACAGACCUUAUCCUCUGCCGUCUCAUCAACACGUCCUACCUGAGUUUGCAUAAGACCUGGGAGGAGGCCGUGAUGCGGGGCUCCUGGCGUCGCCACGAUGAUCCACUUCGCAAUCGCGCCGGAGGCUGCAGCAAUAACAAGCAGUCCUUUCUUCAGAACCCACAGUACAAGUUUGAUGUGAAGAAGCCAAAAGACGAGGUGCUGAUCUGUCUGCAGCAAGAAGACCGCAGAGCCACUCUGAGAGAAGGGCGGGGAGAAAACCUGCCGAUUGGCUUCGACAUACAGAGGGUGGAGUUAAACAGGACGUAUCGUAUGCAUGCCGUCCAGGAGAAGGUUGGAGGAAGCAUCUACAUCAACUCCAGGUCCGUGUUCCUGCGCACCGAGCUCACCGAGGGCCGUUACGUCAUCAUCCCCACCACGUUCAAUCCCGGCCUGGAAGGAGAGUUUCUGCUCCGCAUCUUUGCCGACGUUCCCACCGACUGCACUGAGCUGACUCUUGAUGAGCCGCCACAGACCUGCUGGUCUGGGAUCUGUGGUUAUCCCUCACUCGUCACCCAGGUCCAUGUGCUGCAGGCCGACGGACUCGCAGGACAAGACUCAGACGGAGUGUCAGAUCCUUAUGUGAUCAUUCGCUGUGAAGGAGAGAAGGUUCGCUCCGCCAUCUAUCAAAACACCCGCAGCCCCGCCUUCAACACUAAAGGACUCUUCUACAGGAAGAAAGCCAACCGGCCAAUCAGCAUUGAGAUAUACAACCACAACGUUUUUAAGGACAGCUUCCUGGGUCAGGUGACUUUGCCGGCAGAGCAGGGAAAAAUCCAGAAGACGCUUCACCUGAAGGACAAAAGCGACCGGAACGCCAACGACCUGCCCGGUACCAUCACUCUGGUCAUAGAGACCAGCUCGGUGCUGACCGGCAUCUGAGACGUCGCUUUUUGUUUUUCAGACAAUAUAUUCAGUAUGAACACAAUGUUUGCCAAUCAAAAUAAAUCCUCUGGGUUUAUCACCACAUACAUGCACAAAAAAAAACCAUUAAUAAUUUCUUGUUGCCUUACGAAACUUUGUUUACACGUCUUAAAGUUUACUAACAGUGUAAAGUUUAAAAGGCAAAAUUGCAGGAAGUCUCUCUACUAUAUAUGUUGUUUUUCUAUAUGUGGCACUUUACAUGGUGAAUGUUUAGCUUCUUUUUAAAGAUUUUAUCUUCAUUUUAGUUUAAAUGGUAGAGUAUUAAUCAAAACAACACAUUAAUACAUAAUUCUGUUUUAACUUACAUCCUGGUGUAAUUUUCAUCUGGUCAGUCAUUCCUGUGGCAUCAGCGCAAAACAUACAAUCCUGCAGAGGAUGGUGGGAUGUAGUAUGAGAAACGCCUUAAGCUGGAAAGGUCAGAGGUCAGGUGGAUUUGGUUGUCCAUGAGAGGCGGCAGCAGAAAGAAAAUGUUGACGAGGUAAAGCAUUUAGCUCCUUCAGGUCUAUUUCUCCUGUGGAUGCAGAUUUUCCUUCAGAAGAAAGAGCUGAAUUACCCAGCAUGCCUUGUGUUGGUAUUCAAGCUGGAGCAAAGAUAUGGCCUUUGCAACAUAUGCUGUGUUUUUAAUGUCCUGAAGUGUUGCUUUAUAGUAAAAGUUUACACUUUUUUUAAACAUUUAUCAGGUUAAAAACGUCAUUCCAGAAACUGAAAAGCUCCGAUCUGUUUUGGUCCAGAUGGGAGUAAAUUCAGGUAGAUUAACCAGGUCUGCCAGUCAACAUUCAGUGCCUGGAUCCAGUUCUGAUGGAGACUUGACUCAGCCAGGCUGGAUGUUUACAAUAUCUCUGAGCUGCUGUAGCAUGAGGAGAGAUAAUCCACUGAAAUCACAGCCUCACCACUGCCACAAGGUGGCGCUGUGUUUGUUUGGUUCCAAAUAUCUGUGGUUUCUGAUCUGGUCUUUGUGUAACUUUUAUAUAAAGUACAUUAAAGUGUGUAUUCAUAAAGUAGCCUGCUAGCAUGAUGCAGAUUAAACAUGCCUUUACUUGUUUCCUGCUAAUAGCCGUUUACACGUCUUUUCUGCGUGUUCAGUGUUGAGAAUAAACGACCGACCCGACUCCAGAACCAGAACCAGAACCAGCUUACUGGGCCCGACUUUAGAAAUGGGUUCAAAUCCGCAUUCUGCUGACAUUUCUCCUGUGAAAGCAAAGCUUGACGGAGCGUUUUUAAUGUUUGCUAAGUGGUUUGAGCAUGAAUUGAUUUAAUCUGUUCUGCUUAUUUUUUUAUCGAUUUAUGGAUUAAUGUUAUAAAGCCCAACGGAGCUGUAUGUCCAUUUGUGUAUAUGCAAGAGAAAUUUAUUAAACUUUUUCUGUCAGAUGUU